CAAUUUUUAAGAAACGAACCAUGCUAUUGUUUAAUAUAAUAAUAAUAAUAUUGUUAAAUUAUAGAAAUAUUAGUGUUUAAUUUUAAAAUUUAGUUUCUAAAAUUAUUGCAUAAGCGUUAUAAAAAAUAAUAAAUUAAUGAGAUGUUUAAUACUUUGAAGUGAGCCGUCACAUAGCAGUUUUAAACGCCGUUGAUAUGCAAAAUUCAUCAUUUGUUUAAAAAUGGCUACCGCCCGUAAAUUAAAAAAGACAAGAGCUUGAAAAACACAACUUUCUGACAACAAUAUCAUGACUAUAACUUAAGAGUUUCAAAAAAGGUUGCUUGGCCAUAGGAUAUAUCUGCUUGAAUUAUGUUUUGGAAAGAUGUUACAUAGUCAUAGAUCUAGUUUAUUAGUUUAUUAUUAGUAGGAGUAGGUAGGGCCCUAGCUAAAAACUAAAUGCCAAAUGCCAGUCAGAGACUCACAAAUUAGUAUGAAUUACGAUCUAUGGUACUAGAUCUAGAUCUAGAAUCUAGAUUAGAUCUAACAACUAAGUUGCUGGUGCUAGUUAUGCUACUACAUAGACCUAAAUAAAAAUAUUAUUUAUUCUAUAACAUUGGAAACAUGUCACAGAACCUAAACAAAGUUUCACAAGAGAACGCCAUGGACCUUCACAGUCAAAUAACACACAAGCUGACAGAAGAUGGCUUGAGUCCUGUGUCCAGUGAUGUUGAAAAACUUCUCUUUCUCUGGAAACUUUACAUCCAUACUCAAGAUGAACUUGAGAAAGCACGUCAGGCUGAAAUUAGCCUGAAAGAAUCUCAGGCAGCAGAGAUGAAAGAAGUGGAAAGUUAUGUUGAGAACAUACGCCAGCUGUCAGAUGAAAGAGAGGCCCUGAUACAAGAGCUGGAAGUAGAGAAUGAAUCUCUGAAGAGACGUGUAAAGAGACUGGAAGAAGAGACUAGCAAAGAAGCCAGAGCAGAGAUAGUUGAGAUGUUGACUCAACAGGGCCUGGCUGAGAUCACAAGCACUAGUUCAGGGGAACAAAUUGCUUACCUCCUUGUUGAGAGAGCUCAGCUGUUGGAGAGACUGGAGGAGAAACGCCACACCCCUGGUCCCACUAGCCCUGAAACUGAAGAUGGUCGGAGCUCGGAAACAGAGCUUAAACGGAUACUUGAAAGGGAAAGAAGUGAUUUGGAAGAAGAAUUGAGCAAACAGCGUGAAAGUGCUAAAAUACUUAGCCAACAGCUACAGAAAGAACAUGAAGAAGAAAUCAGUGCCUUGAUAGAAGAAAACAGCAAACUGGAGGAAGAUUUGCAGAAUGCUGAAAUGAUGAUUUCCCAACUGAAAGCAGAACUGAGUGGGUACACAGAAGGGGAUGACAUGGAGAGUUCUAUGAAUGAAGUCUCACUGAAGCAGGGGAAGAAGAAGCUGGAGGAGGAGAGAAACCAGCUGAACCAGGAGAGGGAGGAGAUAGAGAAAGAGAUGGAAGAAAUUGAGAAUGAUCGAGCUGAUUUUAAGAAAGAGAAGGACGUGUUCAACAAGGAGAAGAUGGAGUUGGAGAAAGAAAAAUCAAAUUUACAAAAAGAAUGGAGCAAAUUAAAUCAAGUUAAAGCAGAGAUUACAGAAGAAAAAGAAGACUUAGCAAUAAGGAGGGAAGAGCUAGAGAAGAAAAAGCAACAGUUAGAUAAAAAGGAAGAAGAAUUAGAUAGAAAGAGAACUGAACUGGAGCAGGCAAACAAAACUGUUCGGAGGGAAAGCAUAGAGCAAGAUGAUGAAGAGAAAGACAGUCCGAAGUCUAAGGCUUUGAAAGGUGGCAGCCCUUCCCGCUCUAGCGACAUGACUCUGAGAAAAAUCAUUGAGGACAAGACAAAGAUAGAGGGGGAGCUUGUGCAGCUCAAAGCUCAGAUGAGGGAGAUGCAGAGAGAAAAGGAUGCACACGAUGAUGUGGUAAAAUCAUUAAAGAGUGACCUUGAAAAAUCCCACAUAGUCCAACAACAGAUGCAAGCUAAACUAAGGAAAAUAAAUGAAGAGCUAGAUGAUGCUGAAUCUCAGCUAGAUGACGUUGAGACAAAUUUGGAGUUGGUGACAAAAGAAAAAGAAUCCAUCUCAGAGAAAUUUGAAGCUCUAAGCACUGAAGUGAAAACAUUAAGGGCUGAUGCAAUGAAAUCUUCCACACUUCAGGACAUUGUUGAAAUAUUGAACAAUGAUAAAAAGCAACUAACAGCAUCACUGGAGAACAUGAAAACAAAGCUUGAGCAAACAGCCAAUGAGAAAGAAGAGCUGGCCAAUCAGACAAAGAGAUGGACAAAAGAAGAACAAGAUUUAACCAAUCAGCUGCAAGUUGUUAAACAUGAGCUAGACAAAGUGACAAAAGAGAGAGAAGAGUUGAUCAAGGAAAGGGAUAAGCUCUUAUCAGUCAAAGCUCAACAAGAACAGAUAGAAAAAAAUUUGAAGAAUGAAUUAGAAGACCUUAAUAAGACAAACGAGAAACUGGAAUACCAGCUGUCACAACUGAAAACAGAGAAUCAGGCAUUGGAGACAAAACUGGCAAAAGCUCAAGAAAGUGUGGCGUCUGCUAAAUCUCAAAUUGCCGAGGUAACUCAACGGUUACAGGAGCAAGAGAAGGAUUGCCAGGUGCAAGUUGAAGAAGUAGCCAAAAAGCAGUUCGACAUUGACCGCUUAAAGGAAGAACAUUUUAACAUCCAAAGUGAGCUCACAGCUUUACAGAAUGAAUUGGUCAAGUCUAAAGAAAAAGAAACAUUGCUCAUUACCAACCAGCAUUUGCUUCAAAGAAAUCAUGGGGAUACAGAAAAAAGAUUGACCCACGAGGUGGCAGAUCUUAGACAGAAGCUGGAGCUGACACUGCAGGAGCUAGCCAGAAGCAAAGUGUACUCUGAGAGUCUGGAGCGAGAAAAAACAGAUUUAAAAGAGACCCUGCUAGACACAGAGAAACUUUUAGAUCAAAGUUCAGAGGUCAAGAAUGUUUUGGAGGAGGAAAGGCGUGAGAAGAACAAAAUGAAAGUAGAAAUAAACCGUUUGGAGCUAAGUCUUCAAGAGAAGACAACUCUUGCUGAUAAAUAUGAAGAAGAAAGGAAAGAAAAAUUAAAUUUAGAAUCACAGCUUGUCUCACUGCAAAAUUUAAAUGAGAAAUAUAAAGUUUUGAAUGAAGAGCUGAAUAAUGAAGUUCUGCAAAAAAAAUCUCUGGAAAAACAAAUGGAUGAGCUAAAACAGAAUUUGGCAUCUAAAGUUAGUAAGGAUGAACUUGUGAAGGCUGAAGAUGAAUUGAAGAAGGAAAGAGAACUUUGUUUACAGCUUGAAGUACGAGUUAAGGAACUUGAACACAAUCUUAAAGAUGUUGAGAUUAGUAAAGAAUCAGCUACUGAAUUGUUACAGAAUGAACGCCAAAUGAGGAUGAGUUUAGAAAAAAAUGUUAAAGAUUUGCAGGUUUCAUUGUUGCACCAAGACACAGCGGAGGAGUUAACUCGCUUGAGAGAAGAGCUGAAUAAACACAAGGUCGCUGUCAAAGCUCUUGAAGAAUCUGAGGCUGAUGUGCAGAUACUUUGUCAAGAGCUAGAAAAGGAGAGGGCGUUAACUGCAGAAUUGAAUAAAAAGAUCAUUGAGAUGGAGGAGGCGUCAGACUUUGAGGAAGAGCUGAAGCUAGAACAAAGAAUUAGAGCUGAGUGCGAAAUGAAGGUCAAGGAAUUAGAGCAAGCACUUGAUGACCUGAGGGUGGACAGUGACAACAUGAGGCACAGCUUGAAUGGAAAGAUUAAGUCUUUAGAGAAAAGAGUCCAGGUGCUACAAGAUGAUCUGUUUACUGCCCAGGAUGAGUACCAAGCUCUGCAAGACAAACAUAAUGAGGUUGUGAAAGAAGCAGAAGUAGCCAGAGCUGAACUGAUAACUCAGCAGGUUCACCAUUCCCGGCAGACAUAUGUAUCCCUUGGGUCCAGUGACCAUUCUAAAAAAGAGGACACAGACUCACUAGAUGGCGCCCCCAUAACCCCUUCCGUCCAUGGUCUGAUGAACGAGAUCAACACCACUAAGACCAACCUGUUUCAAGCACAGGAGGAGCUGGAGACAACAAAGAUAGAUCUGGAAUCCUGCAGGCAGGAGCUGAGCCUGUUGCAGAACUCAGUGGACAGGGCCAAUCAGCUGUUGGAGAAAUCUGAAAGUGAGGCUAGGGCACUGAGGAGAGAAUUGGCGGAAACACAAGGCACCUUAGAGUUUACACAGAACCAGCUGAAAAACAAACUGACAAAGUUGGAAUCCCUGGCCAGGGACAGGGACUACCUGCAGAAGGAGCUGGACUCUAUCAGUGACGCCCAGCAGGAAAACCUCAGCACCCAGCCGUUCUUUGAGAAGGAGCGCCAGCAGCACAUUGAUAGGAUCACAACCUUGGAAAACUUGGCUGAGCAGCUGGAGUUGGACAACAGGGAGCUGGCACGCAAGCUGUCUGCAGCUGUGGCUAAAAGUGAAGGGCUUGAGGAAUUUCUUGGCAGGGAGAAGAUGAGAAACUCAGACAAGUAUCAGCAGAACAGGCGCUACACUGAUCAGCUAGAACAAGAUAUUGCUGCAGCCAACAGCCAUAUACGACAGUUGAGAGAAGAGGUUCAGAAAAGCCAAACCAAAGUCUUCAAAGUUGAGUCAGAUAGCUUGGGACUCUCUGCCAAACAUGAAAGCACCAUUGCUCGCUUGGAGCAAGACUACAAAGAGUUAAAACAAAGACAUAGAUAUGAGUUAGACAUAGCUCAUGACAGACUAGAAGCAUCAACUUCAGAAAUUAGGGAUUUGAAAUUACAAAAACUAGGAAUAGAAGAGGAACUGACCCAGCUGAAGAAUGAAGUGUCCUUAAUCCAGUCCCAGAAUGAAAAAUUAGAAAAACAUCUUCAGGUGGAGAUCAAACAGAAACAGGAGGUGACCAGUAGAAAUCGUGUGAUAGAUAGCGAGCUGACUAAGUCAUGGAGUCAAGUUCGAAGUCUAAUGGAGAAAAAUACAAGUUUAGAAUCAGCCAAUCAUUCACAGGAACAAGAAAUCAUCAAGCACCUGGCCACCAUACGUCAAUAUGAAAGCAGCCUGUCUCAAAAAGAAACCACAUAUGAAGUAUCAACUAAAGCUAUUGUAGCUAGGGCCGAAGCUUCAGAACGGAAGAAUACUUUUGGACUUGUAAAGGAUCUACAAAGGGAACUAGAGGCUGCCACACAGAAGAUGAUUUACUUAGAAAAACAGCUGUCAACAGCAGAGGCUGGACAAUCUGGGUUCGAGGAUACACAAGAUAGAUUAGUUACCACCAAACACCAGCUGGAAAGGGAGAAACUACAGAGGACCCUGCUUGACCAGACAGUCAGUGAGCUCAAGCACCAGGUUGUCCUCCUAAAGCAGAGGGAGGCCAAGCUCCAGCACACUGUCCUUGACCUCGAGUCUCAGCUCUCCCGUGUACAGAACGUUUCUUCUGCUCAGCAUAAGUCUGAGGGAGGUCAGAGGUCACUGAUGGAGCAGAUAGCCAAGCUACAGCAGGAGGUGAAGGACCUGCAGUAUGAGCUGUACAGUGUCAGUGAGAGGAGGGAUGUGGACAUGAAGAAGUAUGAGGAGAGGAAGCUCAGGACCAAAUCUAAGCUCAUUAAAGCCAGAGAGUUCUACACCAAUGAAAGGAGUAAAUACCAGGAAGCCAUGAAACACCUGGACGAUGACCUCCGACUGACCCAAGCCACAUUGAGCAAAGAGUUGGAGUGGAAAGAAAGAAUGGACGUCAACUACAAGCAGAUGGUGCGAGAAAAAAGGGAGCUAAUCACUCAGUUGUCAGAGAUGGAGGAGAGACUGAAGGACAAGACACGGAUGGUGUCUGUCUUGCAGACGCGGGUCGAGUAUUUGGAAGAAGAAAACUCUCGCGUUCUGGAUCAGUUGGAAAAUAUUACUCAGCAAAAAUUUCUUUUGGAUAAGUUGUUGAAGGAGAGAAACAACUCCAUAUCCUCAGAGGAUCCUCUCAUGGGUUCAGGUGGUCUGAAGCCAGACACAAGUUGGGACACGUAUGACCGUCCCAGCCACCAUUUCUCUCUCACCGUUGAGCCUCCUGUAAAUUUUAGAAGAACUGACACCAGCGGGGAACACACGAUCCAGUUCACGCAGGGAAGCGGUAGAGUAACGCGGGCCGGCGGCCAUGACAGGGGCGGCAUCACCUUCCUGUCGCAGGAUAAAUCUGACUUUGAUAUUUACGAUGACUUCAAACUCAGCAGAGAUGACUUCGGUGAUGGGGAUGAGUUUGAGGCAUAGUAGGUCAUAUUUUUUACUGUCAGACACUGACUUAUUAAUAAAAUGUUCAGUUAUUUUUAAAAA